AUGGUGCUACACAAUGACAAAUGGAAGUACAAGGCUAGGCGAAAUUAUAUGAGAAAACAUGGACUUAAAACGCUGGAGAGAGAUAAGGAUAAAAGAAAGAAUAGAGACACAAAUGAAAAGGACGAACAAAACCAUGAAAUAGAAGAUAAGAAGUGCACUAAAACUUCGACCGGUACCGAGGAAACACCAGUAACGGAGGAAGAACAAAACGAUAACGAGGAAAAAACAUCGGAUGGAGAGGAGGAUGAUAUAAGCGAAGAUAACAAUGAUGAUGAAGGAGAAAUGACGAAGAAGAAACUAGGAUCUAACUCGUGGAGAUUUAAAGCUGACACACAAGAUGAAAUCAAAUUGAUGAAAGAUCCAGAAUUGAUUGAGGCUGAAAAACAGAGGAGGGAUGAGGAACAAAAAUUGUUCAAUAAACAGAAGGACGUUGUUUUACAGCACAUAAUGGAGGUAGGCGAAGAUGACAGUGCAUACAAGAAUGUUAUGAGAAAAGAGGAUCGGGAAGGGAGAAAAGAUAACGAUAAAGACUUUCUUGAGGAAUUGAUAAAAGCGUUUGAUGACGGAAGAAGACAACAAAGCGAAGAAACAAAGUAUUCUAGUAAUGAGAAAAUGACCCCGGAGGAGAGACAGCAAUUCUUCAGGCUUCAAAAAGAAAUUAAACAUCAAAAGAUGGUUCUGAAUGCUAAAGGCGGUUAUUCACAACCAAAAAUGCCUCGAAAGGGGAGAAGUAUUGAACUUGAUUUGGAUUCAGAUGCAAAUAACUACAGAGACAUAGUAGCACAGAAAUUGAAUGAAGGCAUACAAAAGAUAAACAUUGAAGAUACAAACUUUGACGAGGAUCUCAAAGAGCUAGUUGGGGAUUCUGCAUCGGUUGACAGGAUCGAUAGGAAUAAAAAUAAGGUUAAAAAUAAUAAUUAUAAUGCAGCAUUCGAUCUUGAUAAAUUAAUUAGUGGUGAUAAUAAAGAUAAUAAAGAACAGAAUAUGGUCGAAGUCUCACGUUUAAAUAAUGAGGGUAAUAGACAACCAACUGGUAAGAUGGACUCUAUUUCUAAAGAAGAUGAGCAGUUUUUGGACGACAUAUUAGGGGCUUAA